UACCUCUAUGGCUUGUCCGAGCUCCAGGUCGAAGGUAACCACACACACGCACUCCAGCCAGCAGGAGAAGCGGGCCCACGGACACCGGCUGUCCGGGCGCUCCGCCUCCUCCCGACGCGGGGAACGGGAGCGGUCAAACGGAUUCAUCACGGUCCGAUCACCGCCCUGAGACCUCCAUCAUCACCCCCCUCCGGUUCUCCUUCGGUCCUCCAUAACUAGAAGCACACAGGCAGACACCGGAGAGCCGCGGAGAGCGGAGGGAGCCCCUGCUAGAGGAGAGGCGGUGCGUCACCAAACACCUGAACCUGUCCCUGCACGUGAACUUCGACAGGCACGUCAUCAAGGGCCAGGUGGAGCUGACGGUGGAGGCUCUGGAGGACCGGUUCUCCACUCUGACUCUAGACAGCAGAGACCUGAAGAUCAUCUCCGUGAGGGCAAAUGGACAGACGGCCAAAUUUACGAUGGGCCCCAAACACGCCUUCAAGGGGACGCCUUUGGAAAUCACCCUGCCCUUUGACCUCUCCAGAGGGCAGCAGGUGAUCCUGGAGGUGACCUAUGAGACGUCCCCAUCGGCCACGGCGCUGCAGUGGCUUUCAGCGGAGCAGACCGCCGGGAAGAAACAACCUUACCUGUUCAGCCAGUGUCAGGCUCAUCACUGCAGGAGUAUGCUUCCCUGUCAGGACAGUCCAUCUAUCAAGCACACCUACUACGCACAGGUGUCUGUUCCUAAGGACCUGGUGGCGGUGAUGAGUGCCAUGAGAGACGGACAGGAAGUGGAUCCUCAGGAUAACAACCGUGUUGUGUACAGGUUCAGACAGCCAGUGCCCAUGCCUUCUUACCUGAUUGCCAUCGUGGUGGGAGCUCUGGAGAGCAGGGAGAUUGGGCCACGCUCCAGAGUGUGGUCAGAGAAAGAGUUUGUGGACAAAGCUGCGUUUGAGUUCUCAGAGACAGAGACCAUGUUGAAGACAGCUGAGGAUCUGGCUGGUCCUUAUGUUUGGGGCCAGUAUGAUAUCCUGGUUCUUCCUCCAUCGUUCCCUUACGGAGGCAUGGAGAACCCAUGCCUCACUUUUGCCACGCCCACACUGCUGGCUGGAGACAAAUCUCUGUCCAAUGUGAUCGCUCAUGAGAUCUCUCACAGCUGGACAGGGAACCUGGUCACCAACAAGACCUGGGAGCACUUCUGGCUGAACGAGGGUCACACGGUGUACCUGGAGAGGAUGAUCGGCAGGAGCAUGGAGAGCGAGCAGUUCAGACAGUUCAAAGCCAUGGGAGGCUGGAAGGACCUGCAGGACUCGGUGAACACCUUCGGAGCCAACAACCCCCUGACCAACCUGGUCCCCAGCCUGCAAGACGUGGACCCCGACGAUGCCUUCUCCUCCGUGCCCUACGAGAAAGGCUUUGCUCUGCUGUAUCACCUGGAGGAGCUAAUGGGGGGGCCAGAGGUGUUCAUGGGCUUCGUGAAGUCGUACAUCCAGCUGUUUGCUUACAGCAGCGUCACAUCUGAGGAGUGGAAAAACUACCUGUUCACUUACUUCAAAGACAAGGUGGACAUCCUGAACAAAGUGGACUGGAACGCCUGGAUGUUCACACCCGGGAUGCCUCCAGUCAAACCUCAGUACGACACCACACUGGCCGAUGCCUGCAUCACUCUGAGCAAGAGGUGGAUCAAGGCCACAAACCAGGACCUGAGCGGCUUCAACAAGAACGAUUUGAAGAACCUUUCCUCACACCAGCUCAUUGAGUUCCUGUCGCUACUGCUCCAGGAGGCUUCUCUUCCUCUGUCUCACGUGAAGAGGAUGCAGGAAGUCUACGACCUGAACUCCUUCAUGAACUCUGAGAUCCGCUUCAGGUGGCUGAGGUUGUGUGUGCGGUCCAGGUGGGAGGAGGCGGUUCCCAUGGCGCUUAAGAUGGCGACGGAGCAGGGCCGGAUGAAGUUCACCCGACCUCUCUUCAAAGAGGUGUAUAAUUUUGAUAAGUUCAAAGAUGAAGCUCUUCAGUUGUUCCUGGCUAACAGAGGAGCAAUGCACCCGGUCACCGCCGGACUCGUCGCCAAAGACCUGAAGGUGGACGCCAGCCUCAGCACUAGUCUGUAACAACGGAAACCAGACCGUUGAAGCCAGGCUGUAACCAGUAUUAACACACAGUAGAACAAACACACAUCCAUAAACACACAGUGUAUUAGAACACAGAGUGGCAGUUGCAGCUGCUCUCUGUGGUUCCCUGUUUGUAAUCAGCUAUUUUGUAAACUUCCUGUUUGUUUUAAACGUUUCCUCUCAGGGAAAAUCAAAUGAAUCAAUAAACCGUACUGUUACUAAUCUGAAAACGAGAGUGAAUCAGAGAAUUAGGAAAGAUAAACAGACUUAAAUAAAUAACCCACAUUUUUAUCCCUCUGACAUUAAUCUGACUCAAUGAAUUAAAGUCUGAAUGAUUUUUAAAAAUGAA